AUGUCUGUAUCUGUUGAGAAUAUUCUGCUCCAGGAUAUCGAGCCGAGAUCUAGAUCCCACGUCAACGUGGAGGCUAUAAGAUCCCAGGUUCAUAUCGAGCCUAGCGAGGCCAAUUUCUUGUCUCUAUACCAAUAUGCAACGGUAUCACAGUUAUUCAUACUUAUUGUAUCAACACUAUGCUCAAUGAUAGCCGGUGCAGCAAUGCCUUUGGUUACUGUAGUGUUUGGAGCACUGGCAGAUGAAUUCAUCAACGGAGAAGGGAAAUCUUCGCAGUAUAUCAUUGACAGGACUCAGCAUUUUACUGUCAUGCUAGUGGCUAUCGGUAAAGCUAUUGGGUCCUUUGCGACUACUUUGAUCAGCACAUGGGGCUUCAAUGCGACUGGAGAGCAACUCGCUCGUCAAUUCCAACAAAAACUGAUGUCUUCCGUUCUGCAGCAGAACAUAGCAUAUUUUGACAUCAUUGGAGCAGGCGAAUUGAUAAUGAACCUUAAUCAAGACAUUAACUUGAUACAAGACGGUAUUUCUCAGAAAGUAGGCGAAAUUAUCUCCGGGAUAUCUGGAUUCGUGGUCGCCUUAAUCUGUGCUUUCAUCAGCAACCGGCAAUUUGCAUCUAUUAUGAUCAUUCAGCCAAUAUCUCUCAUUCUACUGGUAGGAACAAUGGGGUUCUGGUUAAGCAAAACGCAGCGAAAGGGGCUGAUCCAUAGUGUCAGGGCGAGCAACCUGGCUCAAGAGGUCCUUGGUGCUAUGAGAAACGUAAUAGCCUAUCGCUGCCAAGAAAGAUACGCUAAAAAGUAUCAUGAGACGCUACAGUAUCCGUCUGUCUUGGAAUUUCGGGAGCGCUUGAUCUUUGGUGUGAUAGUUGCAGGUUCAUUUGCCAUUCUGCAUCUGGGCAACGGUCUCGGGUUUUGGCAAGGGGAGCGGUUAAUCCGCUUAGGCCAGUGUACCAUCUCAGACGUGUUGACUAUCCUGUAUGCAACAGCCGUUGCUGGGGGUAUGCUUUGUCAAGCCUUGCCGUUUGUUGUGAACAUCAUGGCGGCCAAUGAAGCAGCAUCUCGGGUCUUCUCAGUAAUUGACCGAGUCUCUGCAAUAAAUCCCUUGGAUGAGACAGGUGCAAAACCCCAUAUCAUGACUGGAGUCAUUCGCUUCGAGGCGAUUAGCUUUGCUUAUCCCUCACGUUUGGGGCAAACGGUCCUCGACAAUGUCAGUUUUGAGAUACUCGCAGGAGAUACUGUGGCGUUAGUUGGGCCUUCUGGUUCUGGAAAAACAACGAUUCUCACUCUAUUGGAGCGAAUGUAUCACCCAAUGAGUGGUCAAAUAACGAUUGAUGACACGCCGAUUACAGAGUUGAAUAUAAAUUGGCUCAGAUCUCGGAUUGGUUACGUCAGUCAAGAAGUGACCUUAUUCAAUUCAUCGAUUCAUAGCAAUAUUGCUCAUGGACUUCCACGACAUAUUCAAGAGAAUCUGGAUGCAAUAGGCAUCCAAAAACUAGUGGUUCAAGCUGCUGAAACUGCUCGCAUCCAUUCAUUCAUCACUGACCUCCCUCACGGCUAUAACACAGUUAUUGGGACAAAUGGAUUACAAUUAUCGGGUGGUCAAAGACAGCGACUCGUGAUUGCGCGCGCAAUUAUAUCACAGCCAGCAAUUUUAUUGCUAGACGAGGCUACAGCCGCACUCGAUAGCCAAAUCGAGAAUGAAGUACAGGAGGCUCUCAAUGCAGCUGUUUUCAAGAGGACAACUAUAAUAGUAGCUCAUCGUCUUUCCACAAUUCGAAAGGCAGACAGGAUCAUUGUCAUGGACCAUGGUAAAAUAUUGAGUGAGGGAAGUCAUACUGAAUUGAUGCAAAAAUGCCCACUGUACGAAGAGCUGGUCCGUAAACAAGAGCUCAGCUCGGACAGUUGGCAAGAAGAAUAUUCUAUCAGGCAGGAAGUCCGCACGAAGAAGCAGGAAGGCCGCGUAUCUAUCAGUAUCGACGCUGUACUAGUUGAAGACAGCUCUUCAUCUACAGCCCAACCAAAAAGCAGUAUAAAGACAGUCUGGGCUUUGAAUCGGCCAGAAGCGCUGUACAUAUCCGCAGGCGUCUUCUUCAGCGUGCUAGCUGGGGCAACGUAUCCCAUUCAAGCAAUUUUCUUUGGGAAUGGAAUAAUAUCGAUUUUGGAUUCCUCCUUGAGUACAGGCGGGCAUCAUACCCAUUUCUGGGCAAGGAUGUACUUGAUUCACGCUUGCAUUGUGCUUCUGAUAUAUUGUUGCCGAGGAUAUUUCUUCGCUGUGUCAGCAUCCCGCCUGAACAUUCGAGUUCGAUCAGAGCUUUUCAAGGCAUUCCUGCUAAAACCUCUUUCAUUCUUUGAAGAAAAAGACCAUUCAACAGGAGCGCUGGUUAGUAUUCUCUCUUCUGAUGCUACCAAAUUGGUAGGUCUAUCAGGUACAUCUCUCGGUCUCGUGGCGGAAAGCACAAUGAUGAUGGUAACUGGAAUUGCCAUUGGAUGCAUCUUUGGCUGGAAGAUCGGACUUGCUGCAAGCGCAACUGUUCCUGCUGUGGCAGCCUCUGGAUUUCUACAGUACUACAUUGUCACUCAAGUUGAGAAAUUCCUCAGACGUGAUACCAGUGCCGUAGCUGUUGCACAUGAAGCAUUCACCACAAUUCGAACUGUGACGGUGCUCGGCCUGCAGGAAUCGUUCAUGAAUUUAUUCCAAGAGGCAGGUGAGCGGGACAGGAGAGCUAAAUAUUGGGUAUUCUCGGCCAUCAUGUAUGCAUGCACGACAUCUUUGCGCAUCUUAGGCAUAGCAUUUGUGUUCUGGUACGGAGGUACUCACCUCAUCGCAACGGGCGAAUAUAAUGUUAAGCAGUUUUUCAUUUGCUUUGCUGCGACAGUAUGGGGAACGCUGUCAGCAGCGACACUCUUCUCGUACGCUCCAGAUAUUGCGGGUGCUCACGCUGCUGCUCGGAGAGUAAGGGACCUGAUUGAAAUUCAACCUAUACAAAGUUUUGGUUCUCAACCUGUACCAAGUACACAAGAAGAGCUGUCCAUAAACCAAGUGAGCUUCAAAUAUCCAACUCGUCCAACUCAGCUCGUCUUGGAUGAAGUCAGCUUCGAAGUCCCUGCUGGGUCUUUUGUCGCACUUGUGGGAAGUACUGGUAGUGGUAAGAGCUCUGUAAUAAACUUGAUAGAGCAGUUCUAUACUGCCGACAGUGGUGCGAUAAAACUUGCCCAUACAUCUAUUGAGCAAUACUUUCCCGAUAGCUAUCGUGGGUAUCUCGCACUUGUUGAUCAGAACCCCUGCUUGGUUGGAGAUGACUUGCGAGAAUGUCUGCAAAGUGGCGAGCGAGAUUUCUCUGAUGAAGAGAUACAGGCAAUAUUGGAGUCUGUUGGAUUAGAAGACUUUGUGUCAUCUCUUCCACAAGGAUUAAACACCUCCGUCUUAGGUAACGGCUCCACGCUUUCCGGUGGGCAGCGCCAGCGCAUGGCGAUCGCGAAGGCCCUUCUACUACGGCCGAACAUCCUUCUGAUGGAUGAGGCGACAUCUGCCCUCGACACUUCAACAGAGCAGCUGGUUCAACAGGCAGUGAGAGAUAUUAUGAGGGGCCGCACCACAAUUUCAAUCGCUCAUCGGUUAAAGACAAUUAUGGACGCUGAUGAAAUUCUUGUCUUUGACCAUGGUAGGAUCAUUGAAAGAGGAUCCCAUGAUGAGCUGAUAAGGAUGGAAGGAAAGUACUGGCAGAUGGCCAGCUUGCAGACGUGUUUGUAA